AUGUCCCGUUUUACGUUUAAACCAUCUACUGACUGUUCAUCUAGUAGAUGUUUAUACUCUACUCUGUUCACGGUUUCCAGCAUUCCCAAGACCAAUGAUGACAACAAACUCCUGCUAAAACGACCGGCUAAUAGCUGGGAUGUUUACAAAAACACGUUCUGA